UUUCUCUGAUCCCCUUCUACAAAACCAGUCCUUCCAAGUCAAAAUUGAAAAAACUCAGCAACUAAAUGGGUGCUCUCAGACUCCCCUUUCUUAUCUCCGCAAUAACCACCACCACCACCAGCACCGCCGGCUACGGCCGUUCAAUACUCCGACACAAGUAUUCACGCCGCCUCUGCACCGCCGCUAUAUCCACCGAAAAAAUCGCAGCUGGAGAGACCGAGGAGCGUCGCGAGAACAAAAAGGCGGGAGUAAUUGCACCUCGUUCUCAGGAUUUCAAUGCCUGGUAUCUCGAUGUUAUCUUCAACGCUGAGCUCGCCGAUUACGGACCUGUUCGUGGUACUAUGGUUAUUCGGCCUUAUGGUUAUGCUAUUUGGGAAGCUAUCCAGGACUAUUUGAAUGUUAAAUUCAAGGAGACUGGUCAUAGUAAUAUGUAUUUCCCACAGCUGAUACCAUACUCAUUUAUAGAGAAAGAAGCUAGCCAUGUUGAGGGUUUUAGUCCAGAACUAGCCCUCGUGACCAUUGGAGGAGGCAAGGAACUCGAAGAAAAACUUGUGGUCCGACCUACGAGUGAAACCAUUGUGAAUCACAUGUUUACUCAGUGGAUUCAAAGUUAUCGUGAUCUUCCUCUCAUGAUAAACCAGUGGGUAAAUGUCACAAGGUGGGAGAUGCGCACUAAACCAUUUGUGAGAACUCUUGAAUUUCUUUGGCAGGAGGGGCAUACUGCUCAUGCUACCCCGGAAGAGGCAGAACAAGAGGCAUUACAAAUGAUCAAUGUCUAUAUAAAAUUUGCUUAUGAGCAAGCUGCAAUACCCGUUAUUGCAGGCCGCAAAUCCAGCGUUGAAACAUUUGCUGGAGCUGUCAAGACAUAUACAAUUGAAGCUAUGAUGGGUGACCGUAAGGCUUUGCAGGCUGGAACUAGCCACAACCUUGGGCAGAACUUUUCUCGUGCUUUCGGAACACAGUUUGCUGAUGAGAAUGGACAAAGGGAGCAUGUAUGGCAAACAUCAUGGGCUAUCAGCACCCGUUUUGUUGGUGGUAUCAUAAUGACACAUGGAGACGAUGCUGGGUUAAUGCUUCCCCCUAAGUUAGCACCUAUUCAGGUGGUCAUUGUUCCAAUAUGGAGGAAGACUGAUGAGAAGAGUGGAGUUAUGAAUGCCGCAAUUUCUGUAAAAGACUUUCUGCAUACUGCUGGAAUUAGAGUAAAGAUUGAUGAUACGGAUCAGAAAACACCAGGGUGGAAAUUUAAUUUUUGGGAAAUGAAGGGAGUACCUCUAAGAAUUGAAAUUGGUCCUCGUGAUGUUUCAAGUGGGAGUGUGGUUAUAUCAAGAAGAGACGUCCCAGGAAAACAAGGGAAAGUUUUUGGAAUAUCCAUGGAACCUUCAAUUUUGGUAGAUUAUAUAGAAGAGAAGCUGAACGAGGUUCAGUCAUCGCUUUUGUACGCAGCAACAUCAUUUCGGGAUAGUAACAUUGUGGAUGUAAGCUCCUAUGAUGAGCUCAAAGAGGCUAUUUCACAGGGUAAAUGGGCAAGGGGUCCUUGGUCAGCCAGCGAUGAAGAGGAAUUGAGGGUGAAAGAUGAAACAGGCGCAACCAUUAGAUGCUUUCCGUUUGAACAGCCUCAAGGGCCACAUACUUGUUUGAUGACCGGAAAUUCUGCAGAUGAAGUCGCUAUCUUUGCUAAAUCAUACUAACAGGGACACGUUCAAUUUUCGGUAAUUGUUAUCAUGUAUUUUAUGGUCAAAUUGGCUUCCGGUGCUCCAUCUCUUGUGACUUUUACUUUGGAAGAUAUUGCAAAUGGCUAUCUUCGUAGCCAGCCAUUGAUUUUGUUUUUUUAUAGAGAAUUCAGGAUUUUCUCAUGCGUAAGAGAGAUUAUGCUUGGCGUAGUUAAUGAUGCUGCUUGCAAAAAUCAGAUGGCCUGAUUGAUUGUAGUUUAUAUGUCAUAUAAUACAAAUAUCAUUUUUUUUUUAAAAUAUUGCUUUAAAUUCCAAUUGUAAAUCUUUAGUUAAGCUGUUACUACUGAAAUAUUUACUAUAUUUUCUUUGUUAGGAU